UCAGCGUGCGUCACUCGCCUCAACAGUGUCACUGGGUCUGCCGUUGGCUGUUUGUGUGUGCGAACAGCUGCCGGGCCCGUAGCUUUGAGAAAGCAUCCUUCUCUCCCUGCCAAGAGGGCCUCCUCUCUGCGCUCCGAGAGAUGGGCAGUGGGGAGCCCAAUCCUGCCGGCAAGAGAAAGAAAUACCUCAAGGCCGCCCUGUACGUGGGUGACCUGGACCCAGAUGUCACCGAGGACAUGCUGUAUAAGAAGUUCAGGCCUGCUGGCCCCCUGCGCUUCACCAGAAUCUGCCGCGACCCCGAGACCCGCAGUCCCCUGGGCUAUGGCUACGUGAACUUCCGCUUUGCCGCCGACGCCGAGUGGGCCCUGAACACCAUGAACUUCGAUCUGAUCAACGGCAAGCCUUUCCGCCUCAUGUGGUCGCAGCCCGACGACCGCCUAAGGAAGUCUGGAGUGGGGAACAUAUUCAUCAAAAACCUGGACAGGUCCAUAGACAACCGGGCCCUGUUCUACCUGUUCUCGGCCUUCGGGAACAUCCUGUCGUGCAAGGUGGUGAGCGACGACAACGGCUCCAAGGGCUACGCCUACGUGCACUUCGAGAGCGUGGCGGCCGCCAACCGCGCCAUCUGGCACAUGAACGGCGUGCGGCUCAACAACCGCCAGGUGUACGUGGGCCGCUUCAAGUUCCCGGAGGAGCGGGCGGCCGAGGUGAGGACCAGGGACCGGGCGAUCUUCACCAACGUGUUCGUGAAGAACCUGGGCGACGAGAUGGACGACGAGAAGCUCCGGGGCCUUUUCAGCGAGUACGGGCCGACGGAGAGCGUCAAGGUCAUAAGGGACGCCAGCGGGAAGUCCAAAGGCUUCGGCUUCGUGCGCUACGAGACGCACGAGGCGGCGCAGAAGGCCGUGCUCGACCUGCACGGCAAGCCCCUGGACGGCAGGGUCCUGUACGUGGGGCGGGCGCAGAAGAAAAUCGAACGGCUGGCCGAGCUCCGGCGACGCUUUCAGCGGCUGAAAGUCAAGGACAAGAACCGGCCCCCCGGGGUGCCCAUCUACGUGAAAAACCUGGACGAGACCGUGGAUGAUGAGAAACUGAAGGAGGAGUUCUCUGCCUUCGGAUCCAUCAGCCGCGCCAAAGUGAUGGUGGAAGUCGGGCAGGGCAAAGGCUUCGGGGUCGUGUGCUUCUCGUCGUUUGAGGACGCUAUCAGAGCGGUGGAUGAGAUGAACGGGCGCGUGCUGGGCUCCAGGCCGCUGCACGUGAGCCUGGGCCAGGCCAGGGGCAGGUGGUGAGAACACCAGCGACUGCUCAGUCUGUUUCGGCCUUAAGCUGCUGCCUGCUUACUUCGGGUGACUUGUGAUACGAGGUUCCUUUAUGCCAGUUCACAGGUGUUUUUUUAACAGCGAAUACUUUCUUUUGAAACAAGUGACACUAGAAAACCAUGUUCAUUUUAGUGAAGAACAUCAUUUCUAACUGUACAACUGUCAUUUUGUACUAUUUUUGGAUGUACUACUCUUAGGGAUAUGGAGAAUAAAAUGCAUUCCCCCGCUCAUUUGUUUUCCGAAAUGAGUCAGGGUGACGUGACUGACCGAAUACAUUUCUUUCCUUACUUUCCAUAAUACUACUACAUUUCAUUUCUUCUGUGUUCCGAUUCUCAAAAUGGUUGAUCCGUCUGAUUCUAUCACACUGCAAACUCCUCACUUGCUUUCUCAGUAAUCAGUAGUGCAGGGGACAUGUAUGGGAUGCACAAUUUCACUUUAAAUUAUUACUUCACAUGGCUAUUCUGUUCAAAAGAUGUACGCUUUGUUUCUUCCCUUUAUUUAUUUAAAUUAUUUUCACUUUCAAAGACAUUUUGGGCAUACCACAAACUUACCAGUGACUAUGACUAAGUGUCAGGGGUUUUCUUUGUGACCUUAAUACCCAGUGACACAAGCAUAUGAACAGCUUAGGCAUUAAUGAUUUCAAUUAUGCGUUUCAUCUUAAAAACUUUUCCUCACACAUUUGAUAUUUGACACCAUUUUCAGGAGCAUUCUUAUGACUCAUUUUUCUAAACUCCUUUGUAUGUAUACUUGAAGAGGAUCUAUUCAAGUUGUCAUUCUCUCUUGUAGACUGUAAAAUCUUCACAGACAUUUCAAAGUGAAGGAAAAGGUCAAGUCCCUUGACCUCAUCUAUCAUAUGAGAGUUAUUAAUCCACUGUGCUUCUCUUUCUGUGCAGUCGCUUGACAGUUGGUACGGAAUGUUCUGUCCUUUGUUAACGGUUACAUUUCUCGGCUAUGCAUUUUCUGGAUUUCCCUUGCUCUUCCUGUCUACGAUCCAUCCAUAUUACACCUAGUUUU